AGUCAUGAACAUAUAUAUAUAUAUAUAGAGAGAGAGGCAUUGUUCACCAAAAUUGAAUUAUAAAAGACUCAUUUGAAAUAGGUAGAGAUAUAUAUAGAUGCAUAUGGAAUGGAGGACAUUUUACCUUGAUGUGACGCUUAUACCCUUAGGGUUACUCCUAAACCUUAUCUACCAUGUUUGGUUAUGGUACAAGGUAAGGACACAAGCUUCCUUAACCGUCUUCGGAAUAGAUGCCGACGGUCGCCGUUUAUGGAUUCCCGCCAUUAUCAAGGAUAUCGAGAAGAAGAACAUUAUAGCAGUGCAAAGUGUUCGGAACAUGAUGAUGGGGUCAAUCUUUAUGGCGAACACAAGCAUUGUUCUCUGUUGUGGGCUUGGAGCAGUGAUAAGCAGCACUUACAGAGUGAAGAAGCCUCUCAUAGAUUCAGUUUAUUAUGGAGCACAAGGGGAAUUUGUUGUGGCACUAAAAUAUUCAACCAUCUUUACAACAUUCUUGUUCUCGUUUCUCUUUCACUCUCUAUCAGUUAGGUUUCUCACCCAGUUGAGCAUCCUCAUUUGCUUACCACAACAUGUCAUCACCUUGGUUACCCCUGACCAAUAUCUGACCGAUCUGUUGAGAAAAGCCACCAUUUUGAAUAUUGUCGGAAACAGACUUUCACACACCGGACUUUUCCUUCUGCUAUGGAUCUUUGGACCUGUCAUCGCAUUCUUCUGUUCUGUUGCCAUGUUGUUGGUGUUUCAUGAGGUGGACUUUGUUGCUGGGAAACAAAAAACGAACUUAGGAAUUCGUGAGGGGAAUGAUGGCUCACUGCUUGAGGUUUGAAUUAGAUUUUCGAGUUUGACUUUAUAAUUGUAUUGUGAGGAGUAUUUUGCAAAAUCUCAUUACUAAAACUGCGCCAAACAAGACAAGUUAACCAAACACGGCCAGAAAAAUGAAGAACAUAACGCCUCUGUUGAAGUGCCUGUUACGUGGGGAUAGAUUCUCAGACAUGGCUACUUUAACUUUGAUAUCCUCAAUCUCCUCCUUUAAUGUGAUUUUUCUCUUGUGCUUAUAUGUUUGAGUGGACCAUGAUAUUUUCUUGUGCAUUGUUAUUUCUCAAUUCCAUAUUAGGUUUGGGGACUUCUUACUGCACCCAUUAUUUUUUUCUUCACCGUCAAACUUUUCAUUGCUUCCCAUUUUGUCCCCUCCUAAUUAUGUAUUAAAUAAUUUAAUGUAACUAUCAUCUUCUUCCUCCCUGAUAUUGAAUCAAGCAUUAGU